AUGGAGGCUUCCAAUCUUUCUCCAUUGCUUUUGUUCUUUUUCUACUUCUCUCUAUUGCAAACUUCCACCAUUGCCACCAAAAAGUCUUACAUCGUUUACUUGGGUUCGGAACAUUCCUCGUCUUUGGAUCCUUCCUCUUUAUCAGAGCAUUCCCAACAAGUUACUGCAUUACAUUAUGAUUUGUUGGGAUCUUCGUUGGGAAGUAAAACGAUGGCUGAGGAAGCGAUUUUCUACUCAUAUACAAGAAGUUUCAAUGGUUUCGCUGCCAUACUUGAUGACAAAGAAGCUGAAAAUCUAGCAAGAAACCCUAAGGUGAUAUCAGUGUUUGAAAAUAAGGCAAGAAAAUUGCACACAACACGUUCUUGGAACUUUCUUGGAGUGGAAAAUGAUAUCGGAAUUCCUUCAAAUUCCAUUUGGAAUGCUGCAAAGUUUGGUGAAGAUGUAAUCAUAGCCAACAUUGACACAGGUGUUUGGCCAGAAUCAAAGAGCUUUAGUGAUGAAGGGUAUGGACCUGUGCCAUCAAAAUGGAGAGGCAUUUGUCAAACUGACUCCAACUUCCAUUGCAAUAGGAAGCUUAUUGGAGGAAGAUAUUUCCACAAAGGAUAUGAAGCAGCCGGAGGCAAACUCAACGCCACUUUACUCACCGUACGCGACCACGACGGCCAUGGAACCCACACUCUCUCAACCGCUGCCGGAAACUUUGUCACCGGAGCCAACGUUUUUGGCCAUGGUAAUGGCACGGCCAAAGGUGGUGCUCCGAAGGCUCGCGCCGUUGCCUACAAGGUCUGCUGGCCUCCGCUCUUUGACUCACAAUGCUUCGACGCCGAUAUUCUUGCCGCCUUCGAAGCCGCUAUUGCCGAUGGAGUCGACGUGCUAUCAACUUCCCUUGGUGGAGCAGCCGACGAAUAUUUCAACGAUCCACUUGCUAUCGCCGCCUUCCUCGCCGUUCAACGAGGCAUUCUCGUUGUCUUCUCUGGUGGCAAUUCCGGUCCUUUCCCAAUGACCGUCACCAAUGUUUCCCCUUGGGUAUUCACCGUCGCGGCCAACACCAUAGACAGAGAUUUCGUCAGUUAUGUGGGGCUUGGAAACAAGAAACACGUCAAGGGUGUAAGCCUUUCUUCAGUUGCUUCAUUACCAAAGAAGUUCUAUCCAUUGAUCAAUUCAGUGGAUGCAAAAUUCAGCAAUGUCACCGAAUUCCAUGCUCAAUUUUGCGGCAAGGGGACGCUUGAUCCAAUGAAAGUAAAGGGAAAGAUAGUGAUUUGUCAAGUAGGGGAGACCGAAGGAGUAGACAAGGGCUACCAAGCUUCUCUAGCUGGUGCCGCAGGAGUAAUUGUAGCUAACGAUAUCGAAAAAGGAGACGAAAUCUAUCCCGAAUUACACUUCAUUCCCGCUUCGGAUAUUACGAAUACCGACGCACAAAUAGUCCAAAAGUACCUCAAAUCCACCAAAACACCAAUAGCUCAUUUAACCAGUGUCAAAACAUUGUUGAGUGUCAAACCAGCUCCAAUCAUUGCUACCUUCUCAUCUAGAGGCCCCAACCCAAUUGAUAGUACCAUUCUCAAGCCUGAUGUCACAGCCCCUGGUGUGAAUAUACUGGCUUCUUAUCCCACUGGAAUUGCUCCGACGUUCUCCGCUGCUGACCGGCGGCGUAUCCCAUUUAAUGUUAUCUCUGGUACUUCCAUGUCUUGUCCUCACGUUGCCGGUAUCGCCGGUCUUGUUAAGUCCAUUCAUCCUAAUUGGAGCCCUGCUGCUAUCAAAUCUGCUAUUAUGACUACUGCCAAAACAAGAGGCAACAACAACCAAACAAUCCUCGACUCAACGAAACUCAAGGCCACACCUUACGCUUAUGGUGCAGGACAAGUAUAUCCAAACGAUGCAGCGGACCCCGGCCUUGUUUAUGAUAUCACUAUUAAUGACUACUUAAACUUCUUGUGCGCUCGAGGCUACGAUGCAAUGAAAAUUAAAAAAUUCUAUGCUAAGCCAUUUAACUGUGUUAGAUCGUUCAAAGUCACGGAUCUCAACUACCCGUCGAUCUCGGUCGGGGAGCUGAAAAUUGGUGCUCCUUUGACAAUCAAUAGAAGAGUUAAGAACGUGGGAAGUCCAGGGACGUAUGUCGCACGGGUCAAAGCGUCACCCGGUGUUGCGGUUACGAUCGAGCCGAGCACGUUGGUGUUUAGAAGUGUGGGUGAAGAGAAGGGGUUUAAGGUUGUAUUGCAAAACACAGGAAAAGUGAAAAGUGGAGAUGUGUUUGGAACAUUGAUUUGGUCUGAUGGGAAGCACUUUGUUAGAAGUCCCAUUGCUGUGCAUUUGGGACCCGGCAUUGGAAAUUAAUUUGUGGCUUAAUUUCAACUUAAUUACACCAAUAAAUUUUGGGUUUUAUUAAUUUAAAUCAUCAACUAAUUUAAAUAAUGAAUUAAACUUUG